AUGUUUACGUCUAAGCUGCUGACCUUGGUGCUGGAAGUGCAGCCUGGCCGGGUAUUACUGGGCAUGAAGAAAAGAGGAUUUGGAGCAGGUAAAUGGAAUGUUUUCGGAGGUAAAGUCCAGACAGUAGAGACCAUAGAGCAAGCUGCAAGACUGGAACUGCUAGAGGAAAGUGGCCUUACCGUUGACACCCUCUACAAGAUUGGACAAAUCAAAUUUGAGUUUAUUGGGGAAACAGAGUUGCUGGAUGUUCACAUUUUCAGAGCUGACACUUAUAAAGGAGAGCCAACAGAAUCAGAAGAGAUGAGACCACAGUGGUUUGACACAGAUAAAAUACCUUUCAGCCAGAUGUGGGUAGAUAACAUUCUGUGGUUCCCCUUGAUGAUUCAGAAACAUUAA